UUCAGUGCCAGUGCGAUUGAACAGCUGAUGAUCUAGAGACACCAUGUUGGAGGCUCUGUUAAUAACCACCCUGUGCCUGACGGCCACGGCUCUGCCGGCUUCUCCUGAAAUUCCUAAUAUUCCUGGUCCUCCUGCUGUUCCUGAUAUUCCUGAUUCUCCACAUAUUCCACACAGUCAUGAUCCUUCUGCUGUUCCUGAAUCUCAGGGAAUCUUCAUCAACCUGAAUAAUGGAGAGCUGUGUAUUUUGAGUUCGCAGUGUAAGAGCUCCUGCUGCCAGCACUCCUCUGGUCUCGACCUCUUUCGCUGUGCUCCACGUGCUGCAGAGCGAGAGACGUGUUCCAAAUAUACCCUGUAUGAUACAUACUACUUCUGCCCCUGUGAGAAUGGACUUAAGUGCGAAGGUGACUGGUCUAUUGGAGGAUCCAUUACCAACACCAACUUUGGAAACUGCGUGGACCCCAACUCUCCAGUCUAAGGCUGUCUGGAACAUAAUUAAUGCCCUUAAUGCCAUAAUAAUGAAAUCCUGCUGGUAUGUUGUGCGUAGUAUAUUAGAUAUAAUGCAGAAAACAUAGACCUAUAAGAAAUUGUGAUUUAGCUGAAUGCCAAGUCAAAACGAUUCAGUUCCUCUUUACAUCAGGUGACGUGUCUUAAUUUUUUCUCAGUGCAAUCUCAAUGUUUUCUUUCUCAGUGCAAUUUUUAAAAAUAGUGUACCUUAGUAAAAGACCUCAAUUUUCAGCAUAACAUAUUCAAAGCAUUUUGGCUCUUAUUCAUUAAUGUUGCAUAUGGUCAGUGCAACCCACAGGCAUCUAUUAGCAUGUCAUGGAGUAUAUGGUGAAAAGACCACUGUUUGCUACAUAUACUAUGCCAGGAUUUUAUGUACCCAAUAAAUCACAUUUUUGGAGCACAACAA